UUAUCGACGGCCAUCGGUUCGGUCUGGUCUGCACUUGACUUUGACAACUUUGCUUUUAACGGUGACUGCGACUAGUCCUUUGACGACAUGGCAGGCGCUUCCUGGUCAAUGAUGAUGAUGAUAUCUCCACUGGUGGCCAUACUCCUUGCCACAAUGAUGGGGCCCGUGGAGGCGGCUGACAAGGAGGGCUUUCCCGUGGCCAUAAUCCAUAUUAACGACCUGCACGCCAGGUUCGAGGCCACGGACACCAGCGGCGGCACCUGUGACGAUGGCGAGACCUGCAUUGGCGGCUAUCCACGCACUGUUACCACCGUCCGGCGGCUGCUGCAGGAUCAGGCAGAUCUGAAUCCCAUCUACAUCAAUGCGGGCGAUAGCUUCCAGGGUACGCUCUGGUACAACAUCGGUCGCUGGAAUGUCACCCAGCAGCUGCUCAACCUCCUGCCCGCCGAUGCCAUGACUCUGGGCAAUCACGAGUUCGACCAUGGUGUUGAGGGCGUGGUGCCUUUUCUGGAGACCGUCAACACCAGCAUGCUGGUGGCCAACAUGGACUGCGCCCACGAGCCGACCAUGGAGGGCAAGUACAACAAGUCGAAGAUCAUUGAGCGCAGUGGUCGCAAGAUCGGUCUGAUUGGCGUUAUCCUGGAGACGACCUAUGAUCUGGCUAACACCGGCAAGCUGAGCUUCCGUAAUGAGAGCGACACCAUCCGCGAGGAAGCACAGCUGCUGAAGGCCCAGGGCGCCAACAUCAUCAUUGUGAUCUCGCACUGCGGCUACGAGGUGGACAAGGAGAUUGCGGCCAAUGCCGGUGACUGGAUCGACGUCAUUGUGGGCUCCCAUUCGCAUACGCUUUUGUAUACUGGAACACCGCCCAGCGGAAGCACUCCCGCGGGACCAUAUCCCACUGAGGUUGUCCACAGCUCUGGCCAUCGUGUCCUCAUUGUCCAGGCCUCGGCCUAUGCCCGCUAUGUGGGCAACCUGGUUGUCUAUUUUGAUGACAAUGGGGAUGUGCUGGACUUCGAGGGGAAUCCCCUGUAUAUGGACCAGUCGGUGCCCGAAGAUGAGGAAAUCCUGGCGGCCAUGCUGCCCUGGAAGGAGGUCAUCGACGAGACGGGCAAGGUGGUGGUGGGUCACAGCAAGGUGGACCUUACCAAGGACGACUGUGCCGCCGGAGAGUGCAACCUGGGCAACUUCUUCUGCGAUGCCAUGGUGCACUCGUUCGUGGGAAUGGCUUCCUAUGAGGAAAAAGCCUGGACAAAUGUGUCCGCCGGACUCAUGAACAUCGGUGGACUCCGUGUGCCGCUCAACAGGGGCAAUCUCACCUACGCCCACAUUGUCAGCAUGUCGCCGUUUGAGAACACUUUGGUGGCCUACAAUUUGCCUGGGAGCAAGCUAGUGGAGGCCAUGGAGUUUGCCGUAAGCAAGGUGGAUCUGGAGAACGGUGUGAAGGGCUCCUACAUCAACCUGCAAUUCUCGGGCAUACGGGUGAAGUAUGACUACACGAAACCCGUCGGAUCCCGGGUCAUUUCGGUGGCGGUGCGCUGUGCCGAUUGCCAGGUGCCCAAGUACGAGCCGCUGAUAAUGGACAAGCUCUAUCGGCUCACCUCGCCCAACUUUCUGCAGGCAGGCGGCGAUGGUUACACAAUGUUGGCCGAGGGCACAGACCUCCAGUGGGGCGUCACCGACCUGGAUGCCCUGAUCUCGUACAGCGACCACUUUGAUCCCAUCUACCAGGGCCUCGAGGGACGCAUCACAGUGCUCAACUGAUCGGGGAAUACAAAAUAUUUAUGUAGCAUUGGUCCAAGUAAACACUUUCCUUUAAAAGUUA